AUGAUGAAUGCCUUGAAGAAGAUAACAUAUAGUGUGAAAAGUCAGGAGGAAAUGCUAAAGGAUAAGGGGAAACCAGAGGGUGAGGAGAAGCCAAAAGAAGGAAAACCAGUGAGUGAAACAAGGGCUGCAGGAAAGCGCCCAGCUCAGGAUAACAUACCCAGGAAAGCAAAAAGAAAAACAAACAAAGGGCUGGCUGAGUACCUCAAGGAGUAUAAGGAGGCCAUACAUGAUAUGCAUUUGAGCAAUGAGGAAAUGAUAAGAGAGUUAGAUGAGAUGGCUAGGGUAGAAGACGAGGUGAAAAAAUCCAAACAGAAAUUGGGGGGAUUUAUGUGGAUGCAAAGAAGUUUACAGAAUCCCUUCCACCCUAGGGGCCCAAGGGAACUUAGGGGUGGCUGCAGGACCCAACAAAGAGGCUUUGAAGACAUUCCUUAUGUGUAG